CGGCCUGCAUCCAAGUCUGCUCGUUUCUUUUUUUCCAUGGUGCCGCUUCCGCUGUUGCGGACUACGGACCUCAUGAAACGAGAAAGGCUGCUUUCAAUACCAGAGGCAACCUCUGCAGAGGUAGAAGCAGCAGGCGUAGAAUGCAGGGAACUGGAAUUCGAUCUUUCGCAGGCCCCCAGGCUUCGCUGUCAAACGGCAGACACGCUGUACGUGCUGCCUCGCAACCCCCCACAAGAGGUUCUAUGGUGGUUCGACUUUCUCGGUAUUGAGAAGAGGGGCUUAGCUCUCGAGGAUUUCAUCCAUUUUGCUGAUGAAGCAGUGCCGUUCCCGACACCCUGCACUGUAGAGGAUGCGCUUGCACUGUAUUGCGGCUUCGCAUUACCGAGCCGCGCGGAGUUGGCCGUUUACGCGCAGUUCGCCACGGAUCCAGACCAGCGGAGCCAGUGGCUUCGUCUCACAACGGACCCAAAGCAGGAAAAUACAUUUGCUGCAGCAAUUAGGGGCCAAGGUUGGUGCCUCCGCGGUUUGUUGGCUGCUUUGCUACCUUCUGUCAAUCUGGCAACGGCAGACUUGGGCCUGCUGCUGCUGCUGCUGUCUAGACACCACAUGCCACGAGCCUAUACCUUGGCCUCUUCUCACCUGCAACAGCAAGAGCAGCAGCGGCACGGCAUCACGCGCACAGCUUGCAUUUGCCUGGAUAGACACCGCACACCCCGAAGGAACCCACAGGAGCUGUUGAAUUUGCUGCAGCAUCACGGAAUACGCCCCUUCGGGAGUCUGGAGGCCAUCCCUUCCGGCGUGCACGAGGGCCUCUGCUCCUCAUAUCUUUUAAACCUCAAGCAGAAGGUAGCGGUGGACGAAUCCGGGGAGGCUCCCCCCGCCGUCCUGUGCUGCUGCAGACCCUCAGCCUUCAAGCUUCCAUCCAAGGAGGAUCGCCCGCUGAUUCUGGUUGCAGCCGGUACUGGAAUUGCUCCCUUUGUUGCAUUUGCGCACCACUUGGCCGCACUGGGAGGAGCACGUGCACCGGUUUGCCUCUUUUAUGGGUGCCGAGACAUUAGGCACUUCCUCUAUCAGGACCUUCUUCUGAGCUACCUGGACCCAGACCAGCGGCAACAGCAGCCACCAGAGGUGCAGCAGUUAAUGCUGCAGCAGGAUCAACAGCAUUACCGGCAGCAGAGGCGCCCUCACUUACGAGUUCUCAGCCGCAUUAUUCUUGCUUUGUCGCGCGUCAACCCGGAGCGCAAGGUGUACGUACAGCACAAGGUCGUCGAAGAGGGCCAGCUGGUGUGGGGCCUCCUCCGCGCGGGAGCGGCUGUGUUUGUCUGCGGGAGGCCUGCAAUGGGUAAGGCGGUGCAAGAGGCCUUGUUGUCGGUUGCGGCAUCUCAGAUUGGCCAGCAGAAGGCAGAAGCGUUCAUCAAGCGGCUGCACGACUCUGGACUUUACACUGAGGAGCUGUGGGACUAA